GGAGGCUUUGCGCAUGCCCAGAGCUCGCCUCUGACUCGAAGGAAGGCUUUGCGGCCUGCUGCGAUCAUCAUGGCCGAGCGGCCGGAGGACUUGAACCUGCCCAAUGCCGUCGUCACGCGGAUCAUUAAAGAAGCCCUCCCCGACGGCGUGAACGUCUCCAAAGAGGCCCGGAGCGCCGUGUCGCGGGCGGCCAGCGUCUUCGUGCUCUACGCCACGUCCUGUGCCAACAACUUUGCCAUGAAGGGGAAGCGGAAGACCCUGAACGCGGGGGACGUGCUCUCGGCCAUGGAGGAGAUGGAGUUCCAGAGGUUCCUCGCCCCGUUAAAGGAGUCCUUAGAAGCUUACAGGAGCGAGCAAAAAGGGAAAAGAGGCGCCUUGGAGCUCAAAAAGAAGGACAGAGACAAGAAGGAGGGCUCUGAAGACCCCGACAAGAGCCAGGAAGAGGAAAACGAGGAGGAGAGGAUGAUGGAGGAGGAGAGGAUGAUGGAGGACGAGGAGCAGAACGAGGAGGAAGAGGAGAACGAGGAGCAGGGCUGAGGCAACACUGCAUCCACUGCCUCCUGCCAAAGGACUCCAUUGUUUGGCUGGAAGGCACCACAGCGAAGUCAGAGCCAGGCCCACCCACCCACCCAGUUUUGCACUCCUGCUAAAGACCCCCUUCUUCUUCCCACACAGUCUUCAGGGCAGCUUUUUAUAUGUAAAACAGGGUGUCUUGAACCCAUAAAAGGGCCUUCUAGGGCUCCUGGGGUCAGGCCUGGUAUUGAUUUACUCUGUAUUUGGGGGCAAAAGCAGGUGACAUGAACAGGGGGCACUGGGGGCGGGGGGUGAGCCUCCUUUCCUCCGACCCUCCAAGUCCCUCACAAUGUGCCUUCUCUUUGGGCCAACAAGGGUUGGGUGGUCACGUUUCCCCCAGAGUUUACUUCUCUGCAGGUUCCGUUGUUUUUCCAGUCUCAUUUUUGUGUUUCAAUAAAGGUGCUAAACCACUUCAGAACUUGA